AAGGGUCGCAAGUUGACAGCCAAGCUAUUUUCGCUAGCCCUACAAAAAUGCUUCGGGUAAAACUCUCAUGCACUAUUCCACGGCCAGAAAAGUCAAGAUACAGAUCAUAUUCGGAUGAAACAGUGUCUAAGGCAUAUGUAGCUGUUGUGGAAGAUCGCAUGGGCAUCCGGAAAGCUUUAAGAACAUUCGGUAUUCCCCUUAGUACAUUGCAUGAUCGAUACAUUGGAAAGUUGAUGCGGCCUGCCAUAAAUCCGGACCUGAACCAUUCUUGUCUACCCAUGAAGAGGUAAAACUGGUGUCGCAUGUACAGAGCAUGGCAGCCUUUGGUGAUCUUGCCAUUUAUUUAGGGAAGAAGACUGGAGCUGAUAAGCCAGUGUCCUUAGGUUGGUUGCAUGGUCUUAUGAGGAGAUAGCCUGAAUUAAAGGUACAGAAGCCGAUGUCCCUGGAUAUCCAGAGAGCCAAAGCAACGUCCGAGGAAACAGUUUCAUGCUACUACUCCCACUUGGAAAAGAUUUUCGAUGACAACGACUUGAAGAACAGUCCUGAGCCUAUAUACAACAUAGAUGAAAAAGGACUAAUAGAGAAUCACAAGCCUCCAAACGUUGUUGCCUCCAGUAAAUCGGUGCCAGUUGCAGUAACACUGCCGAGGUCGAGCACGGCGACAGUGAUCGGAUGUGGCAAUGCCAUUGGACAUGCCAUCCCUCCAUAUUUCAUUUUCAAAGGGAAAUGAAUGCGAGACGAGCUAUUGGAAGGUUGUUGCCAGGAGCUAAUGGAACUGUCAGUGAUUCGGGCUGGUCCAACAGUGAAAUCUUGCAGAAGUAUCUUGCAGAGCACUUUGUCGAGUACUCUGUCUAGCCAACAGCAGAGAAACCAGUGUUGAUCUUGCAUGGCGGUCACGAGUCGCACGUCUCAAUAGCACUGAGUGAAUGGGCGAGAGACACAUCAUCCUGUUUGUGCUUCCAGCACAUACCUCACAUGUACUUCAACCAAUGGAUGUUGGUUGCUUUGGGCCGUUCGAGAAAAUCUACUGCAACCUUAGAUACACGUACAUGCGUGAGCAUUCAACAAAGGGCAUCGAGAAGCAUUGUAUAUGUCGAUUGGGUUGUCAGGCAUACACAAGGGCAUUAACACAAGCCAAUCUGCAGGCGUCUUUUAGAAAGUGCGGAAUUUUCCCUUUCAACAGACAUGCGGUAAACAAAUCGCACUUUGUGCCAGCUCAGUUGUUCAAGUCUUCUGAAGAUCAGGCAGUAUUACUAGAAGAAUCCAACAACACGAACAAAAGGAAAUCAUCAGAAGUCACCGAUGUCACUUUGCCACCGUCUGCAACAGGAUUCUUCUCGCAACUUGAAGAAAAUAUGUUCAGCAUUGCAAAACCCACAAAGAAAAGAAAAGUGAUGAGUGCUAUUGUAGGUGGUAGAGCAAUAACCGACGACAGUACCUUCGAAAAGAUGAAGGACCACCAGAAAUCACACCCACCCCCAAAGAAACAGAUUCAGAAAAAGUCAUCUGUGGUGAAAAGAUCGUCCAAAGAUUCUCCAAAACCAUCAACAUCUGGUACUGCUAAGUUACCACCCACCCAGGUGGAUACAGACUCGGAUUCAAACACUGAUGAUGAUGAGGUGGGUUGCCACUGCAAUCUCUUCCAACCUGUUGAAAUCAAGGAGAGUGCCUCGAUUAUGUUUGUCACUUGGGCACAGUGUACACAUCCCACGUGCCAACACUGGUCACACUUAAAAGUGUUGCACCCCUGUACGAGUUGUCCGCCGAAAUUCUGAUUUUUGGUGCCCUUGUCAUAAUGAAAAGGAAGAGUAAAUCUAGAUCUUGACAAUAAAAUCUACUCAUGUGCAUCUAACAACUUUGAUCCGAUUUCACAACAAUUUGUUUUUAGUUAAAUACAUUUGAUUCCGUUUGAUAGUUAACUGCCCUAUUUCAUACACGGUUGUGACAUUCCAGGAAAGCCCCGUGUGUGCUACCCAAUCAGGUGUUCGUAAACUAAUGACGUAACAUGUGUCUAGCGGAUGUUGUCAAGCUAUGUAAUGACGGCCAUACGUGUUACCGAGGACUUUGUUUUCGUAAGGAACUGUGUUUAUUUCAUGGAUUAAAUAAUCAAUUUACAGGUAAGAACAACAAUUUGAAGUUUCGUUUUGUAUAUUUCAC